GUCCCCAUUGAAGACAUCAAAACAGAGUAUCAAAACAUCAUUGGGAUAGACAAUGAAUCUUUGCAGCCGAAUAGUUCCUGCUUUUUCUCUGCUGGCGUUCUCGUCUGAAUAGUUUCGGGUCCAAUUAUCUAAGCCCGCCGAAUCUUGCAGAGCUGACGGCUGGUGGCACCUGCGAACCUAAACGCCAUCUCCAACAUUAACUCGUAUCUAUGUCAGCAAUUAUUUGCUAUCGUUGAACCGGCUAGUUUCGACUUCAGACUCAGCAAGACUCACGCAUCAUGGAAUCGGCAAGGAAAAGGCGCGUCAGCGAUGGAGAUGAAGAUGGCCAAAACGAUAAUCAGCAACGGUCGGCUCCUCAGUCACUUACACAUCCCAUAAGCCCCCCACUCAAGAAACGGCGACUACCAGACACACCCACCGAAGCCAAAUACCACCCGCCGUUCAAGUCUGUUGGGUCGCCUUUUCAGUUAACAAAGAUCAAAGAUCUUCCCGCGGGGUUGAACAAGGAUACCUAUACGUUGCGGGAUGUCCUGGGGGACCCUUUGAUAUCAGAAUGUUGGGAGUUCAACUACCUCCACGAUAUCGACUUCCUCAUGUCAGCCUUUGAUGAGGAUGUUCGAAGUCUCGUAAAAGUCCAUGUUGUUCAUGGGUUCUGGAAGAGGGAGGACCCGAAUAGGUUGGCGCUCCAAGAAUCUGCCGCUCGCUUCAACAAUGUCACCCUCCAUGCAGCAUUUCUUCCCGAAAUGUUCGGUACACAUCAUUCCAAGAUGUUCAUCCUUCUCAGACACGACGAUACAGCCCAGAUCGUCAUACAUACAGCCAAUCUCAUCACAAGAGACUGGACAAACAUGACACAAGGAGCCUGGUUGUCUCCUAGACUUCCUCUACUGAAGCCCGAACAUGACGAAGGUCGGCCCAGAAUAGGCAAUGGAGCCAAGUUUAAACUGGACUUUCUAAACUAUCUUCGAGCCUAUGACACCAAAAGACCAACUUGCAAAGACAUCACCGCCAAGCUCAUGAAGUACGACUUCUCCUCCAUCAAUGGCUCAUUAAUAUCUAGUGUUCCAGGCCGACACACGGUCACUCAGUCCACCUCCUCCACAAAUUUUGGCUGGGCAGCCAUGAAGUCAGCUCUCGCCGCUGUCCCCAUUCACAGCACCAUUGAACACAAACCAGAAGUUGCCAUUCAGAUCUCCAGUAUAGCCACCUUGGGCCCAACUGACUCCUGGUUGAAAAACACCUUCCUCAACACCCUCGGCAACACGCCCGCCACCACUUUCAAAGUCGUCUUCCCCACCCCAGACGAGAUCCGAAAAUCUCUCGACGGUUACAUGUCCGGCGGCUCGAUUCACACCAAAACCCAGUCCCCUCAGCAAGUCAAGCAGCUCCAGUAUUUGAAACCAUUGUUCCACCACUGGGCCAACGACUCCGCGUCUGGUUUGCCCAUCAACGCUUCCAAAGUCAAAAACUCCGGCCGCAAGCGCGCGGCCCCCCACAUCAAAACUUAUAUCCGCUCCCACCGCCCAACCCCGGAGUCAUCCGAGACAGACAUACACAUCGACUGGGCCCUGCUCACGUCAGCCAACCUCUCUAAACAAGCCUGGGGCGAGGCCCUCUCCGCAAAAGAGAACACCGUCCGAAUCUCUUCCUACGAAAUCGGAGUGUUGGUCUGGCCGGGGUUGUAUGGCGAGAAUGCGGUGAUGAAGCCUGCUUUCCUGGAGGAUGCACUCCCUCCUCCGGAACAAACUCGUGGUGAUGGAGAUGGCAAGGGAAAGGAAGAUUAUGACGGGAAGGAUGAGGUCGUCGAGGUGGCUUUGAGGAUGCCCUAUGACCUGCCUCUGCAACCAUAUGGACCGGGCGAGGUUCCUUGGGUGGCAACUGCUAGUCAUACCGAGCCGGAUUGGAUGGGGAGGAUUUGGCAGGCUUGAGGCAGUCUUACCGGCCUUUACCGCAACAGGAACUUUGCAAGUGGUCAUCAGAGAGCGGCGGAUCGGCUUACAUAGAUGCAGGUAGGCGCAUUGGUGAUACCGACGAAAUGGAUCACUAAUGUUUUGGUGACAGCCCAGGAUCAAUUAUGCUGACUCUCAAAUGUGAAUGUGGUGACGGAAGAAGAAUCAGAACUAAAAUAUACAGUAAUAUAAAGCACACAUGGCCGCCCACAUUCGUGUCACAGAAACUUGAAAAGCCACAUCUUUGUUCUCCUGCUCAGAACAUUGAACCGAGGCUUGAGUAUUCAUCAUCAUCCAUGGGUAGCCUCCGAACCAUCCACCCCUUAGGGUUAUCCUACCAUUAUCCACGCCAAAGCGCCC